AUUUAAAGUCCAAUAUUCUUAUUGGUUUAAACGGUCAGCAAAAAAGAAUCAAUUUUUUUUUAUGUAAAAAAAGAUUCAUUGAUCAUAUUUAUUUAUUUUUGGGAUUUUGGGGAAAAUCAAAGAUAAGUGAUGGCAUCUUGGAAUUCAAUUCCUCUUGAAGUUGUGUACAAUAGUUUGGGAUGGAUCGCAUUUUUCUCUUGGUCUAUCAGCUUUUACCCUCAAGUAAUCUUGAAUUUCAGACGCAAAAGUGUGGUGGGGUUGAAUUUUGAUUUCAUGGUGUUGAAUUUGACAAAACACUCGUCUUAUCUCAUUUAUAAUGCUUCCAUGUUCUUUAGUUCUGUUGUUCAGAAGCAGUACCGUGAGAAAUAUGGUCUGAAUGAGAUGAUACCUGUGGCUGCCAAUGAUGUUGCUUUCUCAAUCCAUGCUGUUCUAUUGACAGCAUUUACCCUGUUUCAAAUUGCUAUUUAUGAUCGUGGAAGCCAGAAGGUCUCAAGGACUUCGAUUGGGAUCGUGUGUGUUGCUUGGUUAACUGUUGCAGUUUGUGUGUUUAUAGCUCUCCCCAGCCAUUCCUGGCUUUGGCUGAUAUCCUGCUUCAACACGUUACAGGUUGUCAUGACAGUCAUCAAGUACAUUCCUCAGGCUAUUAUGAACUUUCAGCGGAAGAGCACUAUUGGAUUUAGUAUUGGCAACAUUUUGCUGGACUUGCUUGGAGGUGUCACAAAUUAUGGUCAGAUGGCAGUGCAAUCUAUAGAUCAGAAUUCGUGGGUGAACUUUUAUGGAAACAUAGGCAAGACAUUAUUGUCAUUGGUUUCGAUAUUCUUUGACAUUCUCUUCAUUUUGCAACAUUAUGUGUUCUAUCCUGCUUGGAAGAUUGGGACCUGUCGAGAUGUUGAUGUGAUAGGCAAGAAGCCGUUACUUAAAACUUCUGAUCACGAAAACAGGGAAGAUGUAUAAUGCAUCAUCCAUUGGAAAAUACGUCAAGACUGUAAGAUAGCCAAUGUAUAUUUUGAUUAGGCACUCGAUAAAUCUAUAAUAGAUGACAGUAACGAUUCCAACUUGCUUGGGAUAGAAGCACAGAUAAAUAUACAGUGUACGCAGUUAUUCCGAAGUGAAGACACAUACAUAAUUAUUAAAGAAAAGAGACUGGCUGGUAAACUUUCUAUUUUAUGAAUUUGUAAGCAUGAAGAAACAAUGUUGUAUGCCCCAUGCCUGGCCUUGUGUUCUGGCUCUUUUAUGUGUUUAUUAUUGUUGCUGGUAGAUGAUUGAUUGAAGUGAUAUGAUGUAAUGCUUGAAAAAGUAAGAAAAUAUUAUGUAAAUACCCGUAGACAAGUAUGAAUA